AUGCUCUCAUCCAUUGCAGGCGUACUCGCCCUUUCUGUCCUGGCUGCAGGGCAUGGGGACCAUAGCCAAACCCCAAUGGCCGGUCCUCACCAAAGCCUUUGGUACAACACUCUACCAGGUGAUGGUGGCACCCAAGCUGACUCCGUCUUCUCCGGAAUCUCAACCUUCGGCCGCCUCCCCUACUUCCCAUGCCUGGCUAGCGAAGCCGAGAAGUACGACAUCGCGUUCCUAGGAGCUCCCUUCGACACCGGAACCUCAUACAGACCAGGUGCCCGUUUCGGACCCAGCGGCAUCAGACAAGGUUCUCGCCGCCUCAAUCUCUACGGUGGCUACAAUGUACCGUUGCAGGCGAACCCGUUCGAUAGCGACAUGCGGAUUUUGGAUUGCGGUGACGUGCCGGUUACUUCAUACGACAAUGCCUGGGCUAUCCAGCAAAUCGAGGAAGGACACAACAGUAUCCUGAUGCGCAAGCCCUUCACCAAUGCUGAUAAAAUGGGUCUCUCCAAGGCUGGGAAGACUCUUCCUCGAGUCAUUACAUUGGGUGGCGACCAUACUAUUACAUUGCCCCUGCUGCGGAGUAUCAACAAGGCUUAUGGGCCUGUGACUGUUAUCCAUUUCGAUAGUCACUUGGACUCAUGGAAGCCUAAAGUCUUUGGUGGCUCCCCUAGCCAGGUUGCUGCCAUUAACCACGGGACUUACUUCUACCAUGCUGCGAUGGAGGGACUGUUGAAGAACGACACUAACAUUCACGCUGGUAUCCGUACCACGCUUUCGGGUCCUUCUGACUAUGAGAAUGAUGGAUACUGUGGCUUUGAGAUCGUCGAGGCCCGAGAAAUUGAUACCAUUGGCACGGACGGCAUUAUCAAGAAGAUCCGCGACCGUGUCGGAACAGACAACCCAGUCUAUCUUUCCAUUGACAUUGACACGUUGGAUCCUGCCUUCGCACCGGCCACCGGGACCCCAGAGACAGGCGGAUGGUCAACGCGCGAACUGCGGACGAUCAUUCGCGGCCUGGACGGACUGAAUUUUAUUGGUGCGGAUAUUGUCGAGGUGGCUCCGGCAUAUGAUACCAAUGCGGAAUUGUCGACCAUGGCUGCCGCCGAUGUGUUGUACGAGGUACUUACGAUCAUGGUCAAGAAGGGUCCACUUUCUAUUGAGGGCCAUGAACAG